GUUGGACCUUUUUGACAAUCAAUAAAAAGAAAAUCUCAAUGUUGAAAUGUCGAUACACAAAGAUGACUCAGUCUAAGCUACAAAUACAUACUCUAUUCCAGUACAACAUUCAGACAAACAUCUACAAAAUACCCUGACCUACACACCUCCCACUCUCUCUUUUUUAUCAAGUAAUCUACAAAAUUUUAGAUUUUAUUUUUCCCCUUUUCCUGCUCUUUCCUUUGAUCUUUGAUGCACAAAUUUCAAGCUUCAAUUUUCAGUUUUUUUCCCAAAUUUUUGUAAGAAUUCCUCGAUUGAAGUACUGGGUAUUCGACUAAUCUUUGAAAUUUAAGGCCUUGAGCUCAGUGCUUGCCUCCUGAAUUCAUUCUUAAUUGUUGCCAGUAAAACAAAUUUGACUUUUACACUGAAAAGGCUAGGAAAAGACAUAAUCUUUCUCCAUUUUUUGGCCUAAAUUGGGUAAAGAAAGUAGAAAAUUUACAUCUUUUUGUUUGUAAUUCUGUUUUAGAAUGGACUCUCCACAAUCUGUUGUUUCACCAUUCAAGAACCUAACUGUUAGUGGCCAUGAGCCAGAGAAACAAAAAGCUGAAGUCUUGGUCAAGGGAUCCAUCAAUCACUUGUCUAAUGGAACAGACAAAAUCAAUGGGGUGAAGUCGAACGUUUAUAACCGGGAAGACUUCAUUGGCACCCUAGAUGUGUUUGUACAUCAGGCAAGGGACAUUCAGAACAUCUGUAUUUACCAUAAACAAGAUGUUUAUGCCAAGCUUUGCUUGACCAGUGAUCCUGAAACUGCGGUAUCCACUCAAACCAUCAAUGGUGGUGGGAGAAAUCCCGUCUUUAACCAAAGCAUUCGGCUGAAUGUUAGAACCAUGGAGUCCUCUUUAAAAUGUGAGAUUUGGAUGCUUAGCCGUGUCAGAAAUUACCUUGAAGAUCAGCUACUCGGGUUCGCUCUUGUCCCAUUAUCAGAAAUUUUUAUCAAGAACGGGAAAUUAGAGAAAGAAUUCACUCUCUCGUCGACUGAUCUUUUCCAUUCUCCAUCUGGAUAUGUGCAAUUGUCUCUUUCAUACUCUGGAGCAUCCCCAGAAGUCCUGGAAAUUCCUAAACUACCUAUGGAUGCUGAAAAUGCUGUUCGGGCAUCAGAAGCAUUGGAGUCUACUCCUAGUGAUUUUGACAAGAUCGAGUUUCCUGACCCAAAUAUAGUGAAUGAAAACGAAAUGAUGAUAUCCGAGUACUUUGGGAUCAAUUUAGAAUCUCAAACUACCGAGAGUUUGGUUUCAUCUGACUCUGAGAGCCACGAGCUUGGUGUUCGUAUCGUGGAGUGUUUGUCAGCUAACAGUGAAGAGAAGUCCAAACCGACUAUCCCCAACGCAGAAUCCCCUCCUAGCAGCAUUUCCACCAAUGAAUCUCUUCCAUCUGUUUGUCUCCCUACUAGCUCUCAGUCUUCUGAGGCCCCUGUCACUUCUGAGUCUCCAACCCACGAGCUUGUUUCCUCCGUUAAGAGCAAUUCUGCUGAUGUUGAUCAUAAAGCCUCAAAAGAUACAAUUCUAAACCCACUUCUGAAUGUGAUUGUUGAGCCAGAGGAGAAGAUGGUGCAGCAAGACAUAGUGGAUAUGUACAUGAAGAGCAUGCAGCAGUUUACCGACUCUUUGGCCAAAAUGAAGCUUCCCAUGAAUCUUGAGUCUGAACCUACUAAAUCAGGGAAUUCAAAUUCUGAUCAGAAGUCAGAAACACCAAAGAGUACUGGUUCUCGAGUCUUCUAUGGCAGUAGGGCUUUCUUCUAAUAAACUUCUUAUGAUCAUGGUAAAAAGAUGAAACAAGUGACUUUAGAUUUUAGAAUUAAAAGACAAUAUUUAGUCAUUACUGAUGUAUGUUGUGAUGUUAAUUUGUGCUUUUAGUGUUUUACUUUUGUAUAUUAAGAAUGCCUUGGAUGGUGGUGGGGGGAUACUGGAUAGUAUUGAGCAAUGGCUGUAAUAGGUGCAAACUAUGUUCUGCUACAUUUCAUGUUAUUAUAAAUGAACAAGUUUGUUCUGUGUCUA